GAGGCAUGACCUUUGAUUUCUUUUACCAAUACAUCUGAAAAUUAGCUCCCUUUAAGUCCAUCCUUUUGUUUUUCUUCAGCACAGAAGGUGGCAAUACAUGGAAAGAAAACAUAUUAGAAACUCUAUGACAGGACUAAUAUUAUAUAAUCUAAAACAAAGUAUGUUCAUGCUUUAGUCCAGACCAAAAUCCUUCUGAAACUUGUCUGCCUCCUUCUCUCUGAAGACUUAAAAACGAACAUUCACAGAAUCUCUCCAUCCCACCUGGCUGAGGAUGAACCACAAUUGCAAAGCACACUGGACAUAAUUUCAGUCUGUAAAUGUGUCAAGCUGCAAGAUACACACAAGACUUUCUGCUGCAACAGCAAAAAUAAAUGCGUGCUGUGGAUUUUUACUCUCACUCAUUAACAGUAAUGAGUCACUAUCUGAUUCUAUGUUAUAAAACCCUGAUAAAAUUCGUCGAAGUCCGAAUGCUUCAAUAUUAUAGGAGUAUAGAGAAAAGCCAUUUAUAUUCUAAACAUUUAAUGCAUUUAUACGUUAGUCAACACCUUUUGUGCUAUUUAAUAAUUUCCCUUAAUGCAUUUGACAUUCCAGAUGAGCUCAAGAUCGUCACAUCAGCAGCGUCAUCACUCCUUUAGCUCACCUUUCUCCUUCCGUCCUUUUAAACAUCUCGAUCUUCGCCAAACCCUGUAACCUCUGCUUCCACCCAAUGAGGGAGGGAAGCUGUCCGCGGCGAGCCCUCCCUCAUCUUUUUCUCUCUCCUCCUCUCCCCCUUAACUCGGACUCUAUCCACCGUGCGCUAAUAAAGGAGAGCAUCCGACGCAGCGUAGAGUCCCGCAGCAGACUGCGGACUCCUCUGCAAACUUUGACUUCUGCCCUUAUACUCUCAACGCACUGUCCCAGCUUCUGGUAUAAGGACAAAACAGCAGGAUCAGCCAAAGGGGGAAUUGAGAGCAGGGGCGAUAUCGGCUUCGCUGGUUCCCCCCCGCCCCGCUUCGUCAGGUAAGGCUCCGGGUUGGCAGCCAGAAGUUCUCAGGGGAGGGUCUGGUGCGCACAUGGCACCGCAAACGCGGUGGCUCUAUCUGCUGACAGCCGCACAACACGGGACUCACACUCUGGAUAAUGAGGCCUUCCAACUUUUUUAACUCCAUAACUCACAACAAAACUUAACAAGCUCUCACAUCUGGAAUAAGGAUUUAUCUCUCCUUCCCCUUCUUUACCGGGGGGAGGGGAGGGUUUGGGGGGGGGACAAAAAAAAAAAAAAAGAAAAAGACAGGAGCCAUGCUGGGUUUAAGCAGGAUUCUCGGCCUCCGUGCAGCUCGGAUUCACCGCGUUGGUUCUCCGGGAGCCGGACUCUCACCCGGGCCUUCUUCGUGUCAGAACCAAGGUGCCAGCUCAAGGAUGUACUGUGCGUGUCUGCUGCUGUUGCUGCUCGUCACGCCUCGCGUGGACUCUUCUUGGUGGUACAUCGGGGCUCUGGGAGCUCGUGUAAUCUGUGACAACAUCCCCGGCCUUGUGAACAAACAGCGGCAGCUCUGCCAGCGCCACCCAGACAUUAUGCAGGCCAUCGGCGAGGGCACCAAGGAGUGGAUCAGAGAGUGCCAACACCAGUUCAGACACCAUCGGUGGAACUGCAGCACACUGGACCGCGAUCACACCGUCUUUGGACGCGUCUUGCUCCGGAGCAGUCGUGAAGCAGCUUUCGUCUACGCCAUCUCCUCAGCGGGAGUCGUGUAUGCGCUGACCCGUGCCUGCAGCCAGGGGGAGCUCAAGCUGUGUAACUGCGACCCCCUCCGGCGGGGGCGAGCUAACGACGGAAAAGGAGACUUUGACUGGGGUGGAUGCAGUGAUAAUGUCAACUAUGGGAUCAAAUUUGCCAAAACCUUCAUUGAUGCCAAAGAGCGACCCAUCCGGGAUGGUCGGGCACUCAUGAACCUCCACAACAACCGCUGUGGCAGAACAGCGGUGAAGCGCUUCAUGAACAUGGAGUGUAAAUGUCAUGGCGUGAGCGGCUCCUGCACGCUGCGGACCUGCUGGAUGGCCCUAUCAGACUUCAGGAAGACGGGGGACUACCUGCGGAGGAAGUACAACGGGGCGGUUGAGGUGAUCAUGAAUCAGGACGGGACAGGCUUUACUGUGGCCAACAAAGCCUUCAGGAAGGCCACCAAGAAUGAUCUGGUGUACUUUGAGAACUCUCCGGAUUAUUGCCUCCAAGACAAAGCAGCAGGUUCUCUGGGCACCGCUGGACGGGUCUGCAACAAGACAUCGCGGGGCACGGACGGCUGUGAGGUCAUGUGCUGCGGGAGAGGCUACGACACCACCCGGGUCAUGCAAAUCACAAAGUGUGAGUGCAAGUUCAAAUGGUGCUGCGCAGUGGAGUGCAAGGACUGCGAGGAGGCUGUGGACAUACACACGUGCAAGGCCCCGAAGCGAGCAGAGUGGUUGGACAAGACCUGAGAUCGCGCUGCUCCUUUGCUCCCAUCAAACGUAGCCCCACCCGAUACCCCUUUGCAGGACAUCAUGUAGAAAGUGGCAUUCUGGAAAUGUCUGUCCAAAAGUGCUAUGCAUCUCCGCCCCAACCUUGUCUCAUCAUUGCAUGGCUUUUUUUUCCUUUCUCUUUGUUUUUUUGUUUUGUUUUUUUUUUACUUGUUUGUGAAAGCACUAAGACUCCCUUAUCCAUCGUAAUGAGUCAACACAUAUUAGCUCCUGUUUGUGAAUGUCUCUGUGAUUAAACCUGCUGGGAUCAGAUGUCAGUGAUAACAACGUGGCUUCAAACAGAGAUCCAGCCCAGACGACCUGCUUCUGGUGUGUGGUACUGCUACUUUUCAAAUGGUCUGCUGCCCUCAUGAUCCUUCAGACAGAUGUUACUUGAGCCUCAAAACAUAUCCAGUAUUAUUAAUGGCAUCAUAUUAAUAUACUCAUAUAAGUUUGCUUUGUUUAUGUUUUCUUUUUGUUUUGUUUUUAUUUGUUUUGUGGUUUGUUUGUGGGGGUUUUUUGGGAUAGGGGCGGGGGAGUACAAAGAUUAUCUUUUGGGAUAAAAACAAAACUAGAAGCAUACUUGGUUGGACUGUGGACAGUACCUUGGAAAGUACAAUUCAAGAUGUCUAAACAUGGCAACACUUUGCCGGACAAGCGUCCAGGAAGAGGACUGCUGGAGGAAAAGGAGAUGGACACCAGAGGAAUUUUAAAGUAAUGGACAAAUGCAUCACUGGAGCAUAGAGUGACACUGUGUAAAAGGACAGACAAAUGGAGGAAAAUGAAAACAAAAACUGUUUAUAGUGGAUUAUUUAAAUUGUAAAGUGUUGUUUCAUUCCUCAUCUGUUGAUGAGACUGCACUACAUUGGCUUAUGCAAGGAGAGAGAAGAGCACUUGCAUUACUGUGAUUAUACAGCGAGUUUUAGUCUUUUUUUUGUGUGUGUAAUUAGAAAAACCUGCUGCUGAGAAGAAGACAAAGAAAACUGAGGCAUUUAUGCGUCACACAUCAACCACGACAUCCACAGAUUUCACUUUUCUGCUCUUGAGCUUGCUUGUAUAACAUUUUGUAUAACGCUCUAUCUAAACAGAUGUUCAUAUAAAAUAUAUGGUGAAUUAGUUUGUUGCUGGUUGGUUUUGUUUUUUGUCCGGUUGCAUAAAUAUGAAACAAUGGGCAAAUGAUGGCAAGUUAAGUGAAUCAGUCCUGAUGAGACUAAACAAAGAGCAUUUGUAAAGUGUUACUGCAGUCACAUAAAAUGUGAAAGAAGUACCAAUAUUGCAAACUGCAGUUAUUAUGCAACCAUUUUAAACAAAGUGUUAUUGUUUUCCAAAUUUGACUCCAAGCUACUGGGCUUUUUGUUUAUCUUUGAAAGUGGUAUUGAUCAUAGUUUUUUCCAGCCUGAUUGAGUUUUCUGUCUAGUUCUGUCUAGUAGUGAGCAAAGGGUCUAAGAAACUCACCUAUCAUUAGUUUAUUAAUAUAUUGUGUUCCACAAUUUCAGCUAACAAUCCUUAAGGAACUAUUUUACUGGAUACUGAACAGUGUAUGGUAAACAUUUUAUUUCUUAUUCCCCAUCAGAAGGUUGAGUAUCUGUUUCUUUACCACAGAAAUAAGCAGUUAUUUGUAAAUAACUUUGUUUCCAUAAAAAUGUCCCAUACAUCACUCAAAGCUUAGCUUUGAAAAUCUCUUUAUCGGAACUGUUUGAAACCUUCUGUGCCAUGAGCUUUGCAGAAAUGUUAUAUAUCCAGCUCAUAUCCAUCACUGUAUAUGUAAGCAAGCUGUACUCAAAUGUCAACAUAAUAACUUGACACCAACAUUAAUAAUUCCCACCAUGCAAGUGAUUUGUCUGCACCUGUUAGGAUUUAUUAUUCUUGGCGUUCUAAGUGCCUAAAGUAGCUCCAGACGUAACUUCCUUCAUCCUGAUGACGUCGCACAAUGAGUUCGACACCCUUGGUCCCAAUAUACAUGCACCAUACGAAAUAGGAAUUCAUCAUGAAUGAUACACAUGCUUCAUAAACCUUAAUGUUUCAUAAAACGUGCUCUUUUUGUUUAUGUUUAGUUACACAUUUUAAGAUGUUCACACAUACAAGAAAGAUAAGAAACUGUAUAGCAGCCAUUUUUGUAUUUUUCAAAGAAUUAACAAUAGAUAUGGCAACAAAUUGAGUUUUAGCCAGAAGUUGUUGGUAACAUGUAACCAAAGAUUCAAUUUAAAGUAGUUUCUUAGCCAGGUUGUGUAUAUAUUAGCACUGAUCCACCAAUCCAUCCCUUGAAUGUAGAAGCUAUGUGAUGCAUGACUGAAACUUAAGUCACCAUUGAAUGGCUUUAAAAGAAAACAAAAAUCCCCAAAAAGGUUAAGAAGUUGAACUUUCAAUGAUUGAGAAGAGUGAAAAAGUUAAGGAAAAACUUGAAAGACCCCUAAAUGAAGCAUUUAG